UCCAAUUGAGAUGUAUCAGCGUAAGCUUAAAUCACAUCUGAAGAAGAACUACGAAUGUGUAUCUGAAGGCAUAGCAGUGCAAGGGGACCGUAAACUCCUUGAAAAGAUUUACACCGAGCUCUACAUCACAGAGGGUGGAAUUGGUGCGGUCAAUGAAGAACAUGAAGUGAGACAAAUUGAGAAAGCAGCUGGAAGUCCAGAAACACAAGAGAAACUGAUUGAGUGCAACAAAAUCUUUGAACCAUUACCUGGACAAGACAAGCCCAUUAGAACUGUGCUGACGAAGGGAGUUGCCGGCAUUGGAAAAUCCAUUUCUGUGCAGAAGUUCAUUCUGGACUGGGUAAAAGGAAAUGCAAAUCAAGACAUUGAGUUGAUUUUUCCACUUCCUUUCCGGGAGCUGAACUUGAAGAAGGACAGAUACAGUUUUAUGGACAUUCUCCAUCAAUUUUUCCCUGACACUACAGGAUUGAGGUUUACCAAAAAUAGGAAGUACAAUAUCCUGUUUGUCUUUGAUGGCCUGGAUGAAUAUCGACAUCCUCUUGAGUUUCAGAAAAAUGAGGUCUGGUCUGACCUAACUACACCAACCUCAGUGGAUGUUCUUCUAACAAACCUCAUCAAGGGUAAUCUGCUCCCCUCUGCUCUCAUUUGGAUAACUACCAGGCCAGCAGCAGCCAGUUGUAUCCCUCCUGACUGUAUUGACCAGGUGGCCGAGAUACGAGGGUUUAAUGACACACAGAAAGAGGUGUACUUCAGAAAGAGAAUCACAGAUGUGAAACUGGCUGACAGAGUCAUAGAACACAUCAGACACAAAGAGUCAAGGAGCCUCUACAUCAUGUGCCACAUCCCAGUCUUCUGUUGGAUCGCAUCCACUGUUCUUGAAAUAAUAUUGGAAGAACCAGAGGAAACAGAGGCUAAAGAGGCUACAGAAGCUGAAGAGACACUGACACAAAUGUACUCACACUUUCUUAUCUUUCAGACCAGACGAAAGACUGAGAAGUAUGAUGACACAUAUGAUUUGGACACAAAGUGGGAUGAAAAGAGCAUUAUGGCUCUGGGACAUCUGGCUUUUCAAAACUUGUUGGAAAACAAUCUGAUCUUCUGUGAAAGUGACCUGAUAGAGUGUGGCAUUACUGUGAAGGAUGCAUCUGUGUACUCAGGAAUGUGCACACAGAUCUUUAAAGAGGACUCAGGGGUGUUUCUUGGCACUGCAUUCUGCUUUGUUCAUCUGAGCAUCCAGGAGUUUUUUGCAGCUUUAUAUGCACACAUGUGUAUCGACAAACAACAAAAAGAUGUUUUUGUCGAGAAGGACACAUCACUGGAGAAUGAAAGUAACUCAGUGAUUGGAUUGCUCAAGAAUGCAGUGAACAAGGCUUUGGGAAGUGACAGUGGACACUUAGACCUUUUUCUCCGCUUCCUUCUCGGUCUCUCACUGGAGUCCAAUCAGAAGCUCUUACAAGGUUUACUGACACAGACAGGAAACAACUCACAGAGCAAAAAGGAAAUUGUCAGAUACAUCAAGGAGAAGUUCAACGAGAAUCCUUCUGCAGAGAGAUCCAUCAAUCUGUUCCACUGUCUAAAUGAGCUAAAUGACAAAUCUCUAGUGGAGGAGAUCCAAAAACACCUGAGGUCUGGAAGUCUGUCUAGCGCCCAGCUCUCCCCCGCUCAGUGGUCAGCUCUGGUCUUUGUGUUGCUGACAUCAGAAGAGCAGAUGGAAGAGUUUGACCUUAAAAACUUCAUCAGGUCCGAUGAAUGUCUGAACAGACUCCUGCCAGUGGUCAAAGCAGCCACAAAAGCCUUGUAA